AUGGCUGACGAAGACGAGAAUUACAAGCAAUAUGAGAUAAAAGAAGGCAUUGUGUUCCUUGUGGAACUCUCGGACGCGAUUUUCAAACCAAUUAAGGAUCUCGAUGGCAAGUCCCAGAUACUAGAGAUCUUAACGUGUGUGAAUGAUCUCAUGUCUGAUAUGGUGAUGACAUAUCCCAAGAACGGUGUGGGAAUUUACUUUUACAAUUCCCAAGAGACAGGGAAGAAGUUUCCUAAGAAUUCUGGCCUCAAUAAGGUGUUUUCGUUGAACGACUUGAACAGUUCCAAUAUGAAGAGACUCACUGAAAUUGUGAGAGACGAUAUGGACGGCUUCAAGAAACUUAAGGACAGGUUUCCAUAUAAUGAAGAGCCCCAUGACCGACUUCAUACGGUGUUGAAGACUAUUUUACGUGAAUUCCAGACCAGGACGCAGUAUAAUGUCAAGAAGUUGUUCUGGCUCACCAACAACGAUAAGCCUUACAUCAAUAAGGACCUCAAGGAUAGUUUACGAACAAUGAUCAGUGAUUUCGAGGAUAACAGGGUUUGGGUCAACCCUAUCUUUUUGGAUACUUUUGAAGAUAGCCAGCAGACUAAGCGAAAGAGCUUUGAUAUAUCCUUGUAUCAGAAUAUCUUCUUGAACACCAACUUUUUGAGCGAGGUGGGCAAAAGCCGAAAAGAUACCGAUGACGAACUGCCGUUGAAGGAUAUUAAGGUGGAGGAGCUGGAUACUCCCGUUUGGCUGGAUACUCUUGUUUCUUCCCAUAUACGAAAGUCGAUUUCCAGAGUGAAAGAGAUCAGAAGGAUUCAGUUCGCUUGCGAUUUGAUUUUGAGCGAUGGAGAUGGAAUUGGUGGUAAGUUUGGCUGUUCUAUCAAAGGGUACACUUUGUAUAACCACGAGUCUGUGAAACUGUUCAGGCAGGUCUAUACUGGUGGAGAUACCUUGAAGAUUGUGCAACUUGAAAGCAAGCAACAACGGCAGGAUUCUGCAGAAGAGGUUGAUUUAAAACAAGAAGAAAAGCCCGAAGAACAAAAAGAGAAAUUCACUGUUGUCAAGGGUAUCCCAGUCAAGCGUACCAACGAGGAAGUUGAAGAUACCAACGAGCAAAUCAUGUAUUUGAACGAAGAAACGUUGGAGUAUAUGAGAAGCUAUGCAUUUGAUAAUGCUCCAGAGGGAGAGGAAAAUGAAGUUGACGAUAAUGACGACGAGGACGACGGAGAUGAAGAGAAGGAUAAGGUAUCAUUCACGCGUGCUCCCUACUUAAAGUUGUUGUGUUUCAGACCUGCCAACACCUAUAAGCCAUACUUCAACUUGAAACCUCCACUUUUUGUUACUGCCGAUUUCAGUGACGGCUUGGGCUCUGCAAGUAAAGAAGGUGGAUAUACACAUUCGCUUGAUACGCUCAAACAGCUUUACCAGGGUUGCGUCAAGCUCGAUAGGUAUGCUGUCGUAUUCGGGUGUAUCAGGAAAAACUCCACGCCCAAUCUUUAUGCAAUGUACCCUACAAACAUCAAGAAUUCGACAUCCAACUUGAAGGACAAGAGCUUACCCGAGGGUUUCUUAUUGAUUCAAUUGCCCUGGCUCAGUGAGGUCAGAAGCUUACCUGACUACAUGUUCCAAGAAGGCGAACGUUACUUCAACACAGACGAAGAAGCGCUAGUCCCAGAACCACUUCAGGAGUUGUAUAAGGCUUUGAUUGAGACGGUCGGUAUUGAGGACAGCUACGAUCCAGCUGAGCAUCCAAACCCAGUACUCAACUACUUUUACAAGGUCAUCAAACAGGAGGCCCUUCAGAUCGACAUCAAAAACGAACUGAGUGCGCUUGAAGAUAACGACUGGACCGUUCAGAAACUCAUCCAACUCCGGAAGAAGCUUGAAGGAGACAAAGAUGCUACGGGCAUUCUCAACCUUAUCAAUUCGAGUCUCAACAAGGUCGGCAACGAAGAUGUCAAGAGAAAAGCUGCAGAGGACAAUUUGCGUCCUGACAAGAAACCCAAGCUCGAUAAGCUUUCCGAGCAAGCCAUCAUUAUGAUUUGGCGUAACAACUCAUGGAAAGAUGUCACGGUGGCUCAACUUAGAGACUUUAUCAGUCGAUACAGCGGCAACAUCAAAAGCGCUUCCCGGAAAGCAGACAUGAUCGACAAUAUCUCCCAAUUCCUCGAAUCAAGGAAGUAA